AUGGCAGCUUGUGGAUUAAAAUGUUCGGUAAAAAUUGAAAACAAAAUAUUUGUGGUGACCGGCGGUGCUGCUGGGGUUGGUGCUGGAGUUGUCAGGGCACUAUUAGCAGAAAAUGCCAGGCACGUCGCUUACCUCGAUAUAAGAGAGCGCGAGGGCGCGGCGCUAGAAGCCGAACUCUCCAGCAAGUUUGGCGCCCUAAGAGCCAAGUUCAUAAAAUGCGAUAUUGCCGACGAGCAUCAACUCAACUCGGCGUUUACGCAAGUUAUAGACAAAUAUCGUCGGCUAGACGGUGUCAUUAAUAACGCCGCCGUUUUGAACACUGAUGAGACGCAGUACUUUAAGAAGAUUGUUGACAUUAAUUUUACAGCUACAAUCCAAAGUUCGUUAGUGGCAUUAGACUUAAUGCGGGCCGACAAAGGAGGCGCGGGUGGCACAAUCCUCAAUAUUUCUUCCUUAUGGGCUCUCAGAGGUGACAGUCAGCUACCUGUGUACGCAGCCACAAAAACCGCGGUGCUUCAUUUCAGCAAUGCCAUUGGGGGAAAACAGAACAACAAAAAAACUAAUGUAAGGGUUAUGACUGUUUGCCUUGGUCCCACUGAUACCGCAAUCCUACACAGAAACAGCUUGAUAGAAGAUAAAGACUCUGCGUUCAUAUCACAUGCAGACAAAAGACAAAGGGUUGAGUCGGCUGUCACCGGCAUUAUAGAGGUCAUCCGUGGAGGCCAAAGUGGAACUACGUGGAUGGUUUCCAAUGACAAUCCAGCUGUGAAUAUCACAAAAAAUGUCAACGAAAGCUACGAAGUUCUUUCCAAAGGUGUCAACGAUUUGUUAUUGGGCCCAUGAAUA